AUGGAUGAACGCAUGAUUAAUAAUGCAUUAGACGAUGCUGACAAUUUUUCUAGUGACAGUUUUGACGAUAGUGAUAGUGAUCCAAUAUAUUGUGUUGAAAGUGAACAUAAUAGUGAUUCUCAAGAGUCGUCAGAUGAUGAGAUUGAUGAGAAUCAAAUUGAAGAUCUAAUUUUAUCAACACCUAACAAUAGCCAAUCAAAUUGGAAAACUGUAACAGGUACGAAUCAAAAAAUUUUUAACUUUAUGGGAAAUUCAGGGCCAUUAGUCAUUUUAGACGAGGAUAUGGGACCUAUGGAUUAUUUUAAAUUAUUUUGUACCGACGAAAUAAUUGAGUUAAUGGUCAUUGAAACAAAUAGAAACGCUCAACAAUUUUUAAAUACUCAACAAAUUACACGUGGUAGUAGAUUUUCAUUUUGGCAACCAAUAAACCAUAAUGAUAUGGAAAAAUUUAUGGGACUUUUGAUGUGGAUGGGACUCGUAAAAAUGACUUCGAUAGCUGAUUAUUGGAGCAAAGCUGAACGUUAUAAAAAUGGUGUUGCACCAAAAACAAUGAGUCGGAAUAAAUUUGAGCUCAUUCUUAGGUUUUGGCAUUUUGAGGACAAUGAGACUGCUGACAAAGCCGAUCGCUUAUACAAAGUAAGGAAAAUACUUAAUAUGGCAAACGAAUUAGUAAAAAAUAUACAGAAACCUGGAGAAAUAAUUGCGGUGGAUGAAUCUAUGAUACCUUUUCGAGGCAGACUGAAAUUUCGGCAGUAUAUCCCAAAUAAAACACAUAAAUAUGGCGUAAAAUUUUUCAAAGUAUGUGGGACUAAUGGUUAUACGUAUAAAAUUAUUAUAUACGAAGGAAAACAGUCGAAACCCGGAGAAGCGUUGAGUGAAACAAUAGUAACUUCUUUGUGUGAAAAUUAUCUGAACGAAGGGCGUACUAUUGUCACUGAUAAUUUUUAUACAUCUGUUCCACUAGCGGAAACACUUUUAAGGCAAAACACUCAUUUGGUUGGAACUCUUAGAAAAAAUAGACGUUUUUUACCAAAAACAGUGAUAGAAAAAAAAUUGAAAAAAGGGGAAAUUGUCGGCCUGGAAAACGAUUCUGGUAUAGUAGUAUCUAAAUUUAAAGAUAAACGCGACAUUCACUUACUUUCAACGCGACAUCAAUUAAAUAUGACAAACACUGGGAAGAAAAAUAGGAACCAUGAAGAUAUAUUUAAACCAGACAGCAUAUUAUUCUAUAAUGCUGGAAAAGCAGGCAUAGAUUUAUCGGAUCAGUAG